UGAAGUACAAGACAAGUAACCUCGUUUAAACUAAUUCUAUCUUGUCUCUGAUCCAAACAAUAUUAUAUCUCUGACAAAACCGAGUCACGACGGGGCGGUGGCCGCACCUUUGUCCGCGUCACGGCGACGUGGCGAACCUUUGCUUCCCGCGUGCGCCCACCGGGAUACGCAGACCGCUAAAAAAAUUAUAAGAUCCCUGUAGUGCUAAAAAAAUUGUAAGAUCCCCGUAGUGUUGCAUAUCAGGGGGAGGAUCAAGGAGCCUGUUUAUUAAUCCAAAGUUGCAAAUAAUACUAUUUCCCAGAUGGAGCAGCCGUGCUUCUCCGCCAACCGGAACGGCACCUGCGCCGCCGCCACGGCACCCGUGGCGGAGACGCUGCUCACGGCGAGCCUCGCCCUGCUCGCCGCGCUCGUCAUCCUCUGCUCCGGCCGCCGGACCAGCGCCGGCGCCGCCUGCCGCUUCCUCGCUUCUCUAGCCCUGAUGCUGUUCUACCCGGCCGUCUCCUACACGCUCGGAAGCCGUCUCGCCAACGACAACGUCGUCUGGGCAUGCUUCCUGCUCUCCUGCGCCGACACCAUCUUCGCACGCGCAGCCGUCGACCUGGCCACCCAGGCCGUGCUGCUCGCCCAGGCCACGCAGGCCGUCUGCGUGCUCCUCCUAGCCCUGCUCCCCAACGCCACCUCUCUCCAGCCGCGGCUGCUGAUCCUCCUGCUGCUGCCGCUCUGCGCGCUGAGCCUCGCCAAACUGGGCGCGCGCCUGCGGAGCGUCUUGUCCCCUUCCCGGGACCGCGCCCUCGCCGCCGACAACUGGCUCGUGUCCAGCUACAUGGCGCACGAGUACGUCAGGAGCGUCUGGGACUUCGACGCCGGCACCAUGAAGGGCUACAGGUACGUGGUCACGGGCGAGAAGGACGGCGAUGGCGGCUUCGCAGGGUACAGGCUCGAGGUCACGGAUGAACUCGUCACUGUGGACAGAGUGUGGCAGCAGCACGACGACGACGGCGGCGCCAUGGAUGAUGAUGAUUCCUCGAGCCGGCUCAAGGAUCUGUGCCUCUCUUUCGCGCUGUUCAAGCUGCUCCGGCGGCGGCUCACCGGGGACCCGCUCCACGAGCGCGACGACGACAGGACGCUUGCCUUCGUCCGGAAGGGCCUCGCAGGCGGAGACGACCACGAGCGGAUGUUCCGGGUGAUCGAAGCGGAGCUGGGGUUCCUCUCCGACUUGUUGUACGCGCGGUACCCUUCGCCGCAGCAGUCCCUCGCCCCGGAAACGGCCGUGUUUCUGGCGUCCAUGGCGCUCGGCCUGUCCGCUCUCUUCCUCUUCUCCUCCUCCUCCCCGGCGGUGCUUCACAAUCCCCACCCGCAGGCGGCCAACAUCCUGCUCACGAGACUCGUGAUAGCGCUGUUCCUGAUCCUGGAGCUGUUUCACUACUCGUCGGCGUUGUCGCUGGUGUAUUUCUCGGACUGGCACAAGGUGAAGAUGUUCUGCCGGUACGUGCGCAAGCCUUCGUGGAUCCUGCAGAGGCUUCUCAGGCUCGCCCUCAUGUGUCGCCCUUCGACGAGGCAACAUUGGAGCAGCAACGAGAUCGGGCAGUACUCCCUUCUCCACGCCUGCCUCAGGAGAACAACGGGGGCGGCCCGGCGGAGCCUGCCGCUGCCGGCCACGGUGAAGCGCGCGAUCCACCGGCUCGUGCGCUCGGAAUGGCUGUCGGAUCUCAAGUACGGGGACCGCACUCUGCAGCGGCACGACAUGCUGCACGAUUUCGACUGGUCCACCUCGAGGUACCGCCAGUACGGCGCCGUGGGCAGCAUCCUGGUCUGGCACAUCGCGACCACCAUCUGCGCCGGCGCCGCCGGCGGCUGCGCCGGCGGCAGCCGCGAGGUGGCCACCACGCUCUCCAACUACUGCGCGUACCUGCUGCAGCAGGCGCCGGAGCUGGUGACGGACCACCCAUACGAGGCGCGGCGGCUCAUGGAAGCCUUGCAGCUUCGGAUUCGGCGGUUCCUCGCGCACAAUGGCUGCCGCUCGGAAGGCGAUAUGUUCGACGAGUUGCCCGGGUUCCAGCCCCGUGAGGCAGGGGAUGGCGGGUACGAAGAAGACACCAUCGUGGCAGACGGCAUCAAGCUGGGCUGUCAGAUAUCCGACGAGAUGCCUGACGAAGCGGCGCGGUGGGACGUGCUGUCGGAGAUGUGGGUGGAGCUGCUGCUGAGCGCUGCGCCCUCGGGUAACGUGACGGGCCACGUCCAGAGACUGGCCACCGGCUGCGAACUGGUCACCCAGCUCUGGGCCCUGUUGACGCACGGGGGAAUAGUCGACAGGCCCAAGAAACCGUACUACGAGUCUACUGCAUGCGCUGACGGCGGAAGCGAUAGUGACAGUGACAGUUGCUAGCAAAGUAAUGAAGCCAACAGGUGGAGGAGAGAUGAUGACCAAUAUGCCGCUCCACUCGUCAGGAUGCUUUUUAGAACUGAAGCCAACAGUUUUUUUUUUUGCGAUUUGAUUUGGUCUAGAAUUAGUCGGAGAUAGUUAUUUCCACUUCUAUGCACUCUGUAUGCGCUUGCUGCUUGCAGAAGUGUUAUCUGUUGUGCCAAAUCUGCAAAAGCUAGAAACCGUAGUUAAUUAAAUAAUCCUUUGCUUUCUAAAAGAAGUUUUGUUGAAAUGAGACUUUUUUUUUCAACUUAA